AAGAACUAAACUGAAACAUGUUAAAUUAUUAAAUAAGUGUUCAUAUUUAAAAACAGUCCUUAAAAUGUUUUUACAUGAAAACCCUACUGCAGAAAAAAAGCCAACCAAACAGAUUUUUUUACCUGGCAACCGGGGAUAAUAUUCAUAAUAAAAUGUAGCUUUACACACCUGUGGCUGAUGUUUUAUCUACUGUAACUGCAAAAGGAGUCUCUGGAAGAUGUGCUACAAAGUUUAGCAGUUGUAUGCUCACCACUUUUGCAAGAAAAUCAAGACAUAAUUUACAUGAGGACAGGUCGGCCUGUGUUGCCUCCAGUACAGAUCCUCCAUGGUGCUGUCUCCUGAGUCUCUUUUUUCCUUUUACAAUUUUACAUCUUUUUACACUGGUGUUUUCCCUCUUGGAUCCUUGAGCUGCUCCUCAAGCCUAUUUCAAUAAUCUUGCUUCUGUCUGCAGUUUUACUUUUAUUAUUUUCCAUAAUUCUCACAAUUUAUGAAUUUCUCAGUAGUCUGAGCCAAAUACAUGCAGCUGGCCUGUCCCAAAACUAGCCCUUGGGUCACAGACAGCUGAGCUCAUAGGAGAAGAGUAACGUAUAAUGAAAGCCCACCACUCUUUCCCUGCUCUCCCCGGCCAUCUCUAAUUGUACACUUUGGCCCAGGUGUUUCUGAAGACCUCCACACCACUUAUUCCCCAGCUGAGCUUUCACAGGAAGGUUAUGCAACCGCUGUUGAAAGGCAACACUGCCUCAGCAGACCUACCAGCUUUCACGAAUGUGUAAUUCAGGUGGUAUCCCGGAGUGCAUCUGGGCUGCUUUGUUAGCUGUUGGUGAAACACUAGAAUCCAGCUGCAGCAACGACCCAAUAAACAGUAAUAAAUCAAUCAUUCCUAACAGGAAGCGAAGGUUGGAGAAGUUACUGUCUUUUCUUUCUAAGAUGGUAAAUUUUGUUUUCAAACAGUAGCACUAAACUGCCAGGGAAAGGGCAACCAUUCCGCUAUCAGUUUACACUGGUAAUUCAUUAUUCAUCAUAGAGAAUUAGAGAGCUUAAAUGAAGGUCUUUGAGAGAAGUCUUGAGAAAUACACCAUGGAAGCUUGGUAGCUAAGAUGCUGUUGAUUCUUUCCAAGCAAAAUAUAACUCGAUCUAAAAAACCAGUUUGUCAGCUUUUUUUUUUUUCUUUCGUAAACAUGUUAAUUUGUUUGAAAGAACAUUGUAGAAAGAAUUGAACAUGGGCUUGACAUAUGGAAGUUACACUUGAUACAGAGCUUUUCAUUAUUAUCAUUACUAAUGACAUAAUAUGUUUGCUGCUGCAACUAAAAGCUUUGUUAAACAGGUUGGUGAUGGAGGAAGACUAGUUCCAGUGCCCAGUCUCAGUGAAGCUGAUAAGUACCAACCUCUGAGCCUUGUGAUUAAGAAAAGAAAAUGUUUGCUCUCAAAAAAAUCUAAAUUUGCUUCAACACCUUUCACAUUAAAAGACAUCCUCCAAGGGGAGAAAGAAAUUUCUGCAGGUGUCUCGUCUUACCAGUUGCUCAACUACGAAGACAAAUCAGAUGUUUCACUUAAUGGUAGAAGAGGAAAUCAGAUAAUGAAUGAUGUUGGUUUUGAUGUUGCUGGAUCAGAUUCUGUUGCCUUUAAAGCUUCCUUUGGCAUAGUGACCAAACAUGAGGUUGAAGUACCAACAUUACUUAAAGAACUUACUACAAGAAAAAUAAACUUUGAUCAUUGCCUAGUUCAUCAAUCAAGAAAAAGUAGGAUGGAAAUCUUGUGCGUGGUCAUGGAAAGUAUUAGAACUACAAGGCAGUGCUCAUUAACUGUCCAUACUGGAAUGCGUGGAGAGACAAUGCGGUUUCACAUUAUUGAAAAUCAGAAUUAUAAAGGACGGGACAAAGCCAUUGUUUUUCCUGCACAUACAACUAUUGCUUUUAGUGUAUUUGAACUUUAUAUUCAUUUGGAUGGUAAUUUUGAACUCUGUGUGACUCCAAUUUCAAAAGGAGGAUUUGAAAAAGAGAAAUCUGUAUCAUCUUCACUGAUGAAAUUAAGGAGGUUAAAGAGUAAUCUGUUUCAUCGAAAUAAAAGAGUAGUGGAUACCAUUGCAAACUCUGAUGCUUACUUGGAGGACCUUUUUACAGAUUAUUAUGAAAAAGCUGCAAGCAUGACUGAUCUCUCUACAAGCUAUCUCAGAGAAGGGUCUCAUGUCCGAAUUAAUUUGCUUAAUAACAACAUCCCCAGAGGUCCCUGUGCCCUUUGUGGAAUGGGAAGUUCUAAAAGGGAGACAGUCUACGGAUGCCUGGAGUGUUCUUUUAAUGGACAAAAGUACGUACGACUGCAUGCUGUGCCCUGUUUUGACCUCUGGCAUAAGAGAAUAAAGUAACUGAGCUAGGUAAGUGCCUGUUGUCGCAGACAGGGGCAUAACGGUGCCACAAACUUUUCAGAAUUAGCAAAUACGACUCAAAUUGUUGAAAUGCAAAAUAGUGAAAGUGCAAAACAUUUUACUAUGUUAUUAUCAUCAAACUAUUUGCUUCACAAUGACCUUUUACUUGAAAAUGCCCUCAUGCAUUCCCUGACAUUUUCUUCUUUCUAGAACCUUCUCUGUUUGUUAUCAUGAUAAUGAAAAUGUUCUUUUAAACCAUAUUUUCAUAAUGUCAAAAUAUAUGCUAGAACUUAAGUUGUUUACACAAACUUGUUGUUAAAACCCAGUAUGUUGCCUUUAUCUACACUGGCAUAUGAUGGUAAAAUGAGAAUAUUUGUUAAUAAUUCAGUGUGCUCAUGAAUGUUUAAUUGAAGUAUCAGAUUAAAAAACAUG